UUUUGGUAAUUUCCUGUCGUCAACUCGUCACUUCCUGCGCGACAAAGAGGACGUUGCCUGAGUUGAGCACGGCGAGUGGAAAUGCCGAAAUUUUACUGUGAUUAUUGUGAUACAUACUUGACACAUGACUCGCCAUCGGUGAGAAAGACGCACUGCAGUGGGAGAAAACACAAAGAGAAUGUGAAAGAUUACUACCAGAAAUGGAUGGAGGAGCAGGCACAGAGCCUUAUUGACAAAACAACUGCUGCAUUCCAGCAAGGAAAGAUCCCACCAACUCCUUUCCCAGGAGCACCUCCUCCUUCAGGAGCCAUGAUACCACCACCCCCCACUAUGAAUGGCCCUCCCCGUCCUGGAAUGAUGCCAGCUCCACCAAUGGGUGGCCCUCCAAUGAUGCCCAUGAUGGGACCCCCACCGCCUGGAAUGAUGCAUGUUGGACCAGCUCCAGGAAUGCGUCCACCCAUGGGUGGUCCAAUGCCAAUGAUGCCAGGGCCUCCAAUGAUGCGGCCGCCUUCCAGACCUAUGAUGGUUCCUACCCGGCCUGGUAUGGCACGACCAGACAGAUAACCACCUGAUGAAGCUCAACAGUCUGACACUUCCUAGCUGCCCCCUCAUGUUCCUACCCUAGUUUACUGGUACCAUUUCAUAACAAGUAUAACUGUCCAGAGUUUUAAGUGCUUUGUUAUCAUACUUGUGAUGUGAAGUGUGUACCAUAUGGUUUAACAAAACCCUGGUGGUGGGAUGAGGGGAGAGGUUGGGUGCACUGGUAUAUUGCAUCAAGCCUGAUUUCAGGUUUUUAUUUUGCUUUUGUUACUUUUUUUUUAAUAAAGCAAGUUUUCCACACAA